AUGGCUUCUGGUCAAGAGAUGGAUUCUACCAAGGAGGUGCCUGUUGUUGGCAAUGAAGGAGAUAGUGCUGCUGCUGCUGCUGACAUUGAUCUCAACCUUGAUGACUUCGUGACUCAACUCACAGAGCAGCAUAUUCUCAUUGGGGAGCAGCAGUGCCACAUCCAGAACUUGGAGGCUGAUUAUGUUAAGCUUCAGGCCUUGCUUGAGAAGCUGAGCAAGGAGGUGCAGUUGAUCCCUAAGGAAAACACCACCUCCAGCUUCAUUGGGGACCUGCAGGCCACUCUCAAGUUCGUGCAAGAUCAGCUCAAGAGGCAGGAGACACAAAUCUCUCAGCUUCAGACUCAGUACAGGGAGUUCCGGCGUGGUAACCUCUAUCAGCCUGCUCCUGCAGCUGAACGUGUCGCCAACUCCACUAACAGCCGUGCUGCACCUGCUGCCGCACCUCCUGCUGGUCCUCCUUCUGGAGCACGUGCUGAGCCUCCUACCACAGCUGCAAAUGCCUUUGGCUCCUGCCCUUCGGCCCUGCCUCGUUUUGCCAACGGCAAGACUGACGUUGAGACUUGGCUUUCCAUUGCGGAGGACUUCAUGUCCAUCCACAAUGUGGGUAGCGAGGCUCGCGUGGUCGCUGCGAACCUUGCCCUGGACGACACUGCGAGCAAGUUGGUGUAUGCCAACAAGCGCCACGCAGAGGCAAAUGGCCACCCCUUUUGCUGGGAGGAGUUCAAAGCGGCCAUGCUGACGGCAUUCCUGGUUCAGCCCCCGGCGCUUGAGGUGCGUAGCCGCCUGGAGAAUAUCCAGUGCGGUGACCAGCCUGUACGCGAGUACGCCAAGGAGUUUGAGAAAACUCUGUCGCUGCUGAAGACUGCUCUUCCUGAGAGCGAGGUCAUCCACCAGUUCUUCAAGGGACUCCCCGAGCACAUCAAGCGUGUGCAUGUGGUGAAGGGGGAGCACCAGUGGAAGACCUACAAGGAGUGUAAGGAGCAGGUCAUCAACACGGAUGUGCACUUCCGUGCGUACCUGGACCUCAAGAGCACUCGUGCUCAGCAGCAGCCUAGUGCCGAAGGCCCUUGGGGGGGUGGUAGCAGGACCCAGGCACCCAGGGGCUGUGGCCCUUGGAAGAGGCCCUAUCAGCAAAAGGGGGAAUCCUCUGGGACUCAGUCCAAGAGGCCCCAUGCGGGGCAUACCAAGGAUCCCUAG